AUGGGAAUUCAAAGCGUUUGCCAGGCUAGCGAUGCCUCCUUCGGCCCCGUGGUAGCAACACAAUGCCGAUCAUUUGAUUUUACCUUGCUUUUCGAGGAUGUCUUUCUAGUUUGUGUUCCUUCUUCCAUCUUUCUUAUCUUAGGCAUCAUCCGGGCGUUGCAGUUGUACCGGAAACCAAUUAUAAUUAUCAGGGCCUAUAGAGUUCUCUACAGUUCGGUCAGUCGCGAAAUGGCGACCUUGGAUAUAGGCUCUCUUGCUAACAAGAUGCAGACAUUAUAUCUCACUCUAUUUUCAAUCGAGGUUGCUUUGCUCGUGUUCCGUCAACGAUUAGCCGUUCUCAAGACCUCGGCAAGCUUGGCUGCCCAAUUGUUGCGAAUUUCUGGAACUUGUGUAGCACUGUGGCUAUCAUACUUGGAGCAUAAUCGGACACUGCGACCACCACUUCUAAUCAACAUCUAUCUUUUUCUGGUGGUGCUAUUUGAUGGUGUUAUUAUCCGUUCGUUCUGGUUGGCAUCUAAUUCGUCCUGCAUAACAGCCCUAUGCAGUACUGUGCUAGCCGCUCACCUUAUUUUGCUUAUCUCAGAAUCCGUAAAAAAGGACAACUCACAGGAUGCAUCAAGAUAUCGACAGACAACCCUCGAGGAGACAAGUGGUCUUUUCGGCCUGGGACUGUUAACAUGGGUUCUUCCGGUAUUGCAGAAAGGGUUUACCCGCCCCUUGGGCUUACCAGAUGUCCCCCCUGUUGCCCUGGAGUUAACGAGCUUGCGGCUAAAGAAGCAGUUACAGAGGUUUUGGGAAAAAGCCGAUCAAUCCAAAGGAAAUCAAUUGCCAAUCACACUCCUACGGACGUACAAGAUGGCCUUUUUCAGGGCAGUCAUCCCUCGGCUUUGUCUCUCGGCGUUUACUAUUAUGCAGCCCCUUUUGGUCAGUGAAAUUACCACGUACGCAGCACUUCCAGAAAGUCAAGAGACAAGAAACAAGGGGUAUGGGUUGAUAGCAGCUUCAGGGAUUGUAUAUAUUGGUCUUGCUGUAUCCACGGCGUUCUAUAGUCGACAGACGUAUCAGUUCAUUAUUAGUAUUCGUGGCAGUCUUCUUGCGGCAGUCUAUGCGCAGACCCUAACACGACGAUCCGGCAAUAUGGGCACUGACACGGCUAUCACACUGAUUGGUACAGACGUGGAGCGUAUUUCAACUAGCUUACGUGACAUACAUGAGAUAUGGGCAUCCCCUAUUGACAUUGGACUGGCACUGUGGCUAUUAGAACGCCAGCUUGCGGUGUCAUGCAUCGUACCCGUCAUCCUCUCCCUGGGAUGCAUAUCGAUAAUAACCAAAGUCUCGAAGUCCAAGAAUAGAGCCCAGCGUGCAUGGAUUACAAAGGUCGAGCUCAGAAUGCAUGCUACCAGGCAAGCCUUAAGCAGCAUAAAAUCAUUCAAAGUACUUGGACUUUGUAAUCGAGUCGAGGCAGUCAUCGCUGGAUUUCGUUCUACCGAGAUCGCCACUUCGCGUAAAUUUCGCAUACUGAUAUUUUGGGAAGUUCUUAUCUCCAGCUUCCCGUGGCUUGCUGCUCCGGCAGCCUCGUUCACAUUAUUCACGAUAUUUUCAUUCACAACAAAGAUUUACUCUUUGAAUUCCUCUCAGGCAUUUACGGCAUUGUCCUUAAUGACACUCAUUACGAUGCCAGUCUGGACCUUCAUACAAACGUUACCAGCUAUCGUCCAAUGUCUUGGCUCUUUCAGUCGAAUUCAAGAUUAUAUCGCGCUACACAAUGCAUCGAAGACCCGACUUGACAGUGAUAGUAGCGGUGUAUUGGAUCCAAAUAGGGGAACCAUUGUGGAAUGCAGAGAUGCUUUCAUAAGGUGGGAACCUUCAGGAUGCGAUGUGCUCUGCUGUGUGGACUUGAGCGUGCCAGAAGGCUCCUUUGCCGCGGUCAUGGGGCCAAUAGGCACCGGAAAGACGAUGCUACUGGAGACUGUGCUAGGUGAGACCGUUGUAAGUAGCGGCCGUGUAUCAAUAGCAUCUAUGCCCAUUGCAUACUGCGCCCAGACCCCCUGGCUGGUGGAUACCAGUAUCCGGGGUAACAUCGUUGGCCCGCUCGACUUUCAACCGGACUGGUACCGUCACGUACUCUGGCUGUGCUGUUUGACCGAGGAGGUUCAAGCUCUGCCAGAACGAGACUUUACCCGAAUCGGAGGGCAGGGGUUCAUGCUCAGUGGAGGGCAGAAACAACGCCUGGCCCUUGCUCGUGCCCUUUAUUCUGGUUGUAAGAUGGUGGUCCUUGACGACAUCUUCAGCGGACUUGAUGCGGCCAAUAUAAAUAGUAUUUGUGAAAGACUACUGGACAGGCAUACAGGUUACCUGCGGUGCAGGGGCAUUACUGUUAUCCUAUCGACAAAUAAUGCCAAAGUAGCGGCCUUUGCAGAUGAGAUUCACCUUCUGAGAGAGGGUACAGUGGUGACAUACAAGCCGUCUCCCCCUUCGACACCCUCUUCUGGUCAUCAAAUUUCGUUUCCUGACGACCACGAGUUCGAACAACUGGCCUCGCCAGAACAGCAGCCUUCUCAAUCUUUCGACGCUAACAUAUCCUCCAAUGGUGACGUACUCGAUACAAAGCAGGGGGACUCGCGGCCGGUCAAAGAUCGCUCUGUUUAUCUAUAUUAUCUGAAGUCUGCAGGCUUGGGGCUUUCAGUUCUUUACGCGGUCCUUGUCCUUGUCUUUGCGUUCUGCCAAAAUUUUCCAACACUCUGGCUCAAGUGGUGGUCAGAGGCCAGUACUGAAAGCCCAAACAGGCCACAUUGGAUGUACUUGGGCGUUUUCAUUGCUCUUGGGCUAGGUGCUGUUGUUAUCGGCGCUGCCAGCUCAUGGAUUUACCUUCUUCACAUGAUAUCCAACACUGCAGAACGUCUACAUCUAUCCAUGCUAAGCGCUCUUUUGCGUGCUCCGCUCUUCUGGCUUAGUGAGGCUAAUUCAGGCGACAUUUUGAAUCGUUUCAACCAAGACUUAGAACUUACUGACAUGACAUUACCGCUUGCCGCCAUUAACACAACAAAAGCGCUGGGGGCUUGUUUGCUGAAGAUGAUCAUACUGUUCGUCGUAGCGAAGUACAUGUCACUCACAGUCCCACCUCUUUUGAUAGUAUGCUACUGUCUUCAGAGGUACUACCUCCGAACAUCUCGACAAGUGCGCCUUCUCAGCAUCGAAACCAAAGCUCCAUUGUAUCAACAUCUUUCGGAGACAUUGAGCGGUAUAUCUACCAUCCGUGCCUUUCGCCGACAACGGUGGUUUGAGAGGAACAACCUCCUUCUUGUGGAUAACUCACAGAAAUGUGUCUAUACCCUUUUCAUGAUCCAACAAUGGUUGACCCUCGCUAUGGAUCUGUUAGCAAGUGGACUGGUUGUUCUUCUCAUGUUCCUCAUCGUCUUUACCAGAGAUUCGUUCAAUUCCGGCUCAUCUGGGACAGCAAUUGUGACCCUCAUGAGCUUUACGCAGUCUUUAGCACGCUUGCUCAAAUUCUGGUCGCUGACCGAAUCAUGCCUUGGGGCGGUCUCCCGGAUUAAAAGCUUCGCGGAGACCGUGCCGUCGGAAGAGCAAAGUAAACGUUUCGAUGCUGACUCCUUGUCCCUAAAUGAGAAGGUUACAUGGCCUAGUCAUGGGGCAAUUGAAGUCGAUAAGGUCGUCGCAGCUUACAGAUCUCAUCCCGUUCUCAAAUCAGUCUCGAUGCGCAUCGAGCCAGGGGAUAAAGUCGCCAUCUGCGGACGCUCGGGAAGUGGCAAGUCAUCCCUUGUGCUCUGCCUUGGUGGAUUGCUUCCCAUACAAAGCGGCGCUGUUCGAAUUGACGGGGUCGACAUCAUCAAUGUCUCUUCACAGGAUAUCCUCAAGCAUCUGAGCGUCGUGCCCCAAGACCCUUGCUUUCUGCCCGGAACCAUCCGGCUCAACAUCGAUCCUGAUGAGACACUGUCGGAGUCCGCCCUGGAAGGCGUCCUCGAAGCCACCCAUUUGUCUGCUAUUGUUCAGAAGAUGGGCGGACUGGACGCUGAUAUAAAGCCGGAAUUAUGGUCGGCCGGGCAAGGGCAGUUGCUGGCACUUGCGCGCAGUAUGGCGAGGAAGAGCGUGGUUCUAAUCCUUGAUGAAGCCAUGAGUCGAGUCGAUCAUUCUACCCAAUCGCUCAUGGAAGGCAUCGUUGCUAGUCAUUUCAACCAUUGUACCGUUCUUUCAAUCGUGCACCGAUACGAGAACAUAUUCGCCUACGAUAAGGUUGCGCUCUUCGAAGAUGGGGCACUUAAGGAAUUU